AUGGCAGAGGGUUUUGCACAAGAGGAAGGGGUUGGUCCCCCCGAGUUGCCAUCAACAAUAGGAGCAUCUCUUGAUGCCUUAGGGGAUUUAGAGGGGGGCAUGCAGCAGCAGCAGCUGCUGCUGCUGCAGCACCUGCUGCAGCAAAUCAAAGAACGAACACGCGACAGAAGCAGCAGCAGCAGCAGCAACAUCGAUAGCAGCGACAGCAGCAGCAGCAGCAGCAGCGAGGAUCCUAUUCUUACUAUUGAUGAGUUCUCUGCUCUCUGCAGCAAUGUGCUGCUGUCUGCUGCUGCAUGCAGCAAUAGCAAGAGAUGGAGCAGCAGCUGGCGCUGCUGCUUCUCCUCCCUUCAGUCUGCAGCAGCAAAGGCUCUUGCAUGCGAAGCAGCAGCAGCAGCUGCAGCAGCUCAAGGUAAAGAGGUGCAGCAGCAGCAGCUACCAUUGCUGCAGCGCUUCUGCUCGUUGCUGCUGGAGACACUCAAAGGCCUUAGCCGCAGCGCAGCAGCAGCAGCAGUAGGCAGCAGCUUCUUUGCUGUGCUGCUGCAGCUGCCUCCUGCUGCACUUGCUGCAGCAGCAGCAGCAGACUGCUGCAGCAAAAGUAUAGGAGGCGUGCUGCUGCAGAUGGAGCGUGUCUUUGGGGAGCUGUUUGCUGCUGCUGUUGAGCACCAGCAGCGCCACCAGCAGCAGCAAGAGCAGCAGCAGCAACAGCAGCAGCAGCAGCAGCAGCAGCAGCAGCAUGAGCUGCUGCAGGCACAAGUAGAGCAGCUGUUGCAGCGUAAAGCAGCAAGACUGCCAUGGGUCCGUUUGCUGCAGCAGCUGCUGCAGCAAUCAGCAAAGGCACGAGCGCAUGCACUGCAGGUAGUAGAGAACACCAUCAGCAGCAGCAGCAGCAGCAGCAGCAGCAGCGGCAGCAGCAAGAGCAGCAGCAUUUGCUCCUUUCUGCUGUCUCGAUGGGCAUGUGAUGUUCUGCUUCAUACAAAUGCAAGACGAACUCCUGCUGCAGCAGCAGCAGCAGCAGCAAAAGCAGCAGCAGCAGCAACAGCAGCAGCACUAAAACGUGAGGCAUUGGAGGUCAAGGAUAAACUCCUACAAGUCUUCCUCCAGGUAACUGCAGCAGCAGCAGCAACAGUAGCAGCAGCCGCAGCAGCAGCAACAGCAGCAGCAACAGCAGCAGCAGCAGCAACAGUAGCAGCAGCAACAGCAGCAGCAGCAGCAGCCGCAGCCGCAACAGCAGCAGCAGCAACAGCAACAGCAGCAGCAGCAGCAGCAGGGCAUGCAGCAGCAAACUGCCGUACAGCAGCAGCACCAAUUAAGGUGCAGCAGCUGCUGCUGCAGCAACUUAAUGCAGCAGGACUCAAGACACUGGAUACCAUUGCGCUGCUGCAGGCAGCUACUGCAUGCACUCCCUCCCUGCACCAAGAGUCUACGGUGUCUACAGAAGAGCUGCAGCAGCUGCAGCAGCAGCUGAGCAGCAGCAGCAAGGUGCAUGCGCUGCUAACAACAGGUAUAGAUGAUGAUGUUAAGGCUACCUGCUGCGCCUUUGUGGGGAAGGUGCUGCCGCUGCUGCUGCGGCGCAGCAGCAGCAGCAGCACGCCCGAGCAGCAGAAGGAGCUGCAGCACCUGCUGCAGCAGCAGCUAAAGCUGCUAGAGGGGUACUGCGAUGCUGCUAAUAAGAAGGGGGCUGUGUCUGCGGAGCAGCAGCAGCUGCUGGCAGCAGCAGAAGAUGCACUAGAGAGUAUUGCUGCUGCUGCAGCAACAGCAGCAGCUGCUGCAGCAGGACCUGCAGCAGCAGAUAUGGUACAAAGACUGCAGCAACUGCAGCAGCAGCUGUUGCCGCUGCUCAGUGCAUGCACCACAAGACCUGCUCUCCGUGCUGCUUCCUUGAGGGCCUGGUCUCUCUUCUUGCUGCUAGAGCAACUCUCCGCGGAUGCAGCAGCAGGAGCAGCAACAGGAGCAGCAGCAAAGCAGCAGCUCGAUGCUGCUCAUAGUCCCGCCGUUGCUGCUGCUGCAGCACUUUGGGUAGAUCCUUCUUCUUGCUUCUCUGUAGUUAAAUCAAAGCAAACACGGGAGGAGUUGCUGCUGCAGCUUCGAGUGUAUGCGCAGCUGCUGCAGAGGCAGCAGCAGCCUCUUGGUGGCAAGCAGCUAACCACCACGUCUCCUUGCUGCAGCAAAGAUCAAGAACUCUGCUCUGCUGCUUACAAUACUGCAGGCGCUGUUGCUGCUGCUGCUGCACCGCAGAAGCAGCAGCAGCAGCAGCAGCAGCAGCAGCAUAAGGGUCUGCAGCCAGCAUUUUAUAUUGGGUUAAUGCGCGUUCUUUGCCACCUGCAGCAGUUCCAUGUGUCUCCUGCAGCAGCAGCAGCAGAGGAGGGGACUGCAGCAGCAGCAGGGCAGCACGGAAGCAAAAUGGUUAAGGGAAGCUAUACGUCAAGUUUGCUGCUGCUGCAGCAAGCAGCAGCAGCCGAUGCAGCAGUUGCUGCACAGCUUGUCCUUGCCUUCUUCCAGCUGCUGUGUGAGGUCUCUGCUGCGCAAGCAGCAGAGAAGAGCAGCAGCAAGAGCAGCAGCAGCGGUAGCAGCAGUAGCAGUAGCAGCAGCAGCAGCAACACCAAGGCCAAGACACCCACGUCUCCAAUGUCACCAUUAACAGCAGCAGCAACAGCAGCAGCAGCAGGACGAGAUGAGUCAGCAGCAAGGAUAACCUGCAACAUGUUGCAGUCUUUGCUGCAGCAGCUAUUGCGGCUGCUGCUACCCGCUGUACGUCGCAGCAGCAGCAGCAGCAGCAGCGAGCUGCAUGCAGCACGACCUGGGUUAAAUGCGCUGCUGCUGCUGUGUGCUGCGCAUCCAGCAGCAAGACAACAAGACAGCAGCCCUGUCCCUCUGUUUAGAUCUGUUUUGCUGCUGCUAUCCAGGCGCAGCAGCAGCAGCAGCAGCAGCAGCCUAGUGGACUGGCAGCAGCUGCUGCAGCUGCUGCCUGUGUCAGUGACACCAGAGAGCAGCAAAGACAGCAGCGACUGCAGCGGCAUCGAGCAUGCAUGCGAUUCUGUUGCUGUUGCUGCUGGCCGUUUGCUGCAAGAGCAGCAGCAGCAGCAGCAACACCUGCAGCACCAGCAGCAGCAGCAGCAAGAGCAGCUAGACCAACUAAUAGUACAAGAACCUAAGAAGGGAGGCCGCUUCUGCUGCAGCAAAUGGCGCAGCAGCCUUGCAGGUCUCAGCAGCAGCAGCAUCAGCUGCUGCUGCAGCUUAGUGCAGCAGCUACCAGCAGCAGAAGUUGCUGCAUGCAAACAGGAGACAGCAGCAAUGUUUUAUGCCCCUAAUGAUGUUCUUUAUGUACCUGGUGGGGUGUAUGUACCUGCAGCAGCAGCAACUACAUCUGCACCUGCUGCUGCUGCUCCUCCUCCUAUACGCCCCAGCAUGAGCAGCAUCAGCAGCAAGACUAGCAAGCCUGCUGCAGGUCGGGGGAAGCCAGGAGGAGCAGCAGGAGGAGCAGCAGCAAAAGGACAGAAAAGUCUUACUAGGGAGCAGCUGCAGCAGGAGGAGCUGAAGCAGCAGCAGCAGAAGCGGCAGCAACUGCAGCAGAUGCAGCGGCGCUGCAGCAGAAUCUUGCUGCAGUUGGGAUGUCUAGUCAGUGGGGUUGGAGAGGAGUGUGCAGAGGUGCUGCUGUCUCCUGCUGCUGCUGCUGCUGCUGCUGCUCCUGCAGGAGCAGCAGCAGCAACAGCAGCAGCAGGAGAGGGUUCACCUGUUGUGCUGCUGCCUACAUUGCAGCAAAUGCUGCGCUGCAGCAUAACCUGCAGCAGCGCGCUGCGGUGUCUGCGUCAGCUAAUUGUUGCUGCUGUGUCUGCUGACGUGCUGCCUAGGAGAGCAGCACUAGCAGAUGCUUUGCUGCUGGUGCAGCAGCAGCAGCAGCAGGAGGUUGCUGCUGCUGCUGCUGCAGUCCUGUCCUCAGGGAGAGCAAAUAAGGCACUGUCUCUUGCUGGUAGCCAAUUAGUGCUGCCUCUUGUGUCUGCAGUGCUGCUGCAGGCAGAUGCAGCAGCAGCAGCUGCAUGCAAGCAGGGUCUGCUGCUGCUGCUGCAGCAGCUAAAGCUAAAGGUGCAGCUAGAUCCAGAUGCUGUUAUGUCGUGUCUUGCUGCUGUGCUGCGGGCACAUCCGCAGUUUGCUGCUGCUGCACAGGAGGCUCUGUGUCUUGCUGCUGCUCAGCUGCUGCAGCAGCAGCAGCUGCCGCAGCUGCUGCAGCUUGCUGCUUCGGACACAGCAACAACCCGCAAGGCUGUUGCUGCUGCGCUGCAGCACCUGCCUAUAGACCGCAUGCAAUCAGCAGCAGCACCAAUGCUUGUUGCCUCCCUCCUCGUGCUGCAGCAAGACAAGGCAGACCCUCAGGUCCCUGUCUUUGCUGCUGAGCUGCUGCAGCAGCUGCCGCAGCAAAUACAAGGAAACAUGCAGCAGCGGCUAGAGACACUCACGCAGCUACUUGCAUGCCCUGAGGCUACCUAUAGAGAUAUGGCAGCAGAAGCAUUUGCUGCAGAGGUGGAGAGAGGCAGCAAAGGAGAAAAGGAGACAGUAGCAGCAAUACAGAUGUUAAUAGAUCUAUUUACUGGGGAUCGUGUAUUAGAGGGCCCUUAUGCAGCACCGAAGGAGCAGCAGCAGCAGCAGCAGCAGCAGCAGCAGCAAGAGGGUAUAGUAUAUAAGAAGAAGGAACUAGAUGCAGCAAAUUUCUUUGGUGGUGCUGUUAAGGGUAAGAUGAAGGGGAAAGGAGCAGCAGCAGCAGCAGCAGCAGCAAAGGAUGAUGAUGGAUCUAAUGAUCAGCAGCAAGAGCAGCAGCAGCAGCAGCAACCACUUGUGCUGCUGCAGUCUAACUCAAGCCCCGAGCAUAGAUGCAUGCUAUUAGGUGUUGCUGCUGCUCUUUGCCGGUGCGCAGAGCAUCAGCUGCUGCAGACAUCUUCUUCUUUGCUGCUGCUGCUGCACUUCUUAUUAGGUAAAGGUAUACCUUGUCCUGAUUCUCUUGCUGCUCCCCCGCUGCAGCAGCUGCUGCUUGCUGCUGGUGUUGCUGCUAUACGUAAUGCAGAGGGGGAUUCCUUACGUAGGGAAAUAUUGGAGUGUAUAGACAGCUAUAAACCAGAGAAACCCCCUACCACCACAACCAGCAGCAGCAGCAGCAGCAGCAGCAGCAGCAGCAGCAGUAGCAGCAGCAUCAGCAGCAGCAGCAAGAGCAGCAGCAAGAGCAGCAAGAAGAGCAGCAGUAAUAAAUCAAAGAAUAUUGUUGGUGAAGAUAUAGUAGGACCAGAUACAUCAGCAGCAGCAGCAGCAGCAGAUGCAGCAGCAGCAGGAGGUGCAGCAAAUGCAGCAGCAGCAAUAGAAAUAGCUAAGGCAUUAUUCUGUGGAUCCUUAGCAGAUAAAAUGUCUAAAGGAGACACAUUAAUCCCCUUAAUUGUAUCUAAGCUAGAGGUAUCCCUCCUGUCUCCUGCUGCUGCUGCUCCCUCCCCUGAGGUACAAAUGCUGCUAGCUAGACCUAUUACUCCUCUUAUUAAGUUACUUGCUGCUGCAGAUCCACCACAACAAAAUAAACCACCAACAGCAGCAACAGCAGCAACAGCAGCAACAGCAGCAGCAGAUGCUGCUGCUGCAUCAAAAGAGGGGUCUGAACAGCAGAAUGAACAACAACAGCAGCAGCAGCAGCAGCAGGAUGAACAGCAGCAGCAGCAGCAACAGCAGCAGGAGGAGGAAGGUACAGCAGCACAGCAGCUACUAAAACGUUUCUUACGUGCUGCAUUAACAGCAGCAGAUUUACCAGUACGCAAGGGAGCAGCACUAGGGGUAGCAGCAGCAGUAAAAGGAUUAGGGGUAAUAAGUAUAAGAAGGGAGUUGCUGCUGCAGCAGCUGCAGCAAGCAUUAUCUAAUCAGCAACUGCAGCAGCAGCAGCAGCAGCAAGAUGACCAUUGGUCAGCUAAGAUUGAUCCAUCCAGCAGCAACAUUGCUGCUGCACUAGAUACAAUAUUAUCUAUAGACUGCAGCAGCAGCAGCAGCAACUUUGCUGCUGAUGCUGCUGCCCUAUCCUUAUUUAUUCCUCUUCUUGUUAGGGGAAUGGCGGAGCGCAGCAGCGAGGUUAAGCGUAAGGCAGCAGACAUAAUUGGUUCCCUAGGUGUCCUAUGCCAGCAGCAGCAGCAGCAGCAGCAGCAGCAGCAGCAGCAGCGGUCUCAACCAUUAUUACCUUAUUUACCCCAAUUGUUGCCAUCUCUGCAGCAAGCCCUUGGGGAUCCGAUCCCAGCUGAUCAUCAGUAUCAUCAUCAUCAGCAGCAGCAGCAGCAGCAGCAGGAAGGAGAGAAGGUUUCUUAG